GGUCCGAGUUGGUCAGUCCCGUGUACGUUAACUAGUUGGUGUACGUCGACCACGUCGGGUCAGCUGCUUGCGCUCGGUUGAACAAUGUCGAGUGACUGGUUGUUAAAAGGCCGAAGUGAUGAGGAUUAUUCAACCGAUGAAACGACAAGCUAUGAAGAAAGCGAACCACCCGGGCAAACGAUUGACUCGAUCAGUCGAUCGUUGCAGCGCUUCGAUUGGCCCGACUAUGUCGUGUUUGUGCUGAUGUUGCUGAUCUGCAUCGUGAUUGGGAUUUUCUUCGGAUACAAAGAUCACCAGAAGCAUAAGCAUCGCCGAAAGCAGGCACGCAGAGAGUCGGAGGCGCUAGACUAUUUGGUCGGUGGCAGGAAGAUGCAGAUCUUCCCGGUUUCGGUUUCUUUAGUAGCGAGCUGGAUCUCCGGGAUCUCGCUGCUGGGUACGUCCACCGAGAUCUACGUAUACGGUACGCAGUACUGCUACAUAGUGUUUGCCGUGAUUAUGAUGGGUUUUGUGAUGCAUCAUGUGUUCUUGCCCGUGUUUCACGAGUUGCAAGUAACAUCAGCUUACGAGUAUCUUCAACGUCGUUUCGAUCAUCGAAUGCGUAUGUUUGGAUCAAUACUCUUCACAGUAGCUUGUCUCCUAUGGAUGCCAAUCGUGAUCUACGUUCCAGCAUUGGCAUUUAACCAAGUAACUGGAAUGAGCAUCCACAUCGUUACACCGAUAGUUUGUAUGAUCUGUGUGUUUUAUACCAGUAUUGGUGGACUGAAAGCUGUCGUCUGGACGGAUGUUAUUCAGUCUGGCGUAACGCUGUUGGCUUUGUUGGCUGUCCUAAUCAAGGGUACGUACGAUGUCGGAGGUCCUGCCGAAGUUGUGCAGCGAAACAUUGCUGGAGGUCGUCUGGAGGCACCAAUUUUUGAUCCAGAUCCAACACUUCGUCAUUCCAUUUGGAUCAUUCUGCUUGGAGCGCCCGUCUGGUUUUGUUACGGUGUAUCGUGCAGUCAGGAUAUGAUUCAACGGUUCCUAGCUCUACCAACGCUAGAAGACGCGCGGAAAGCUUUGAAGGGUUUUGUGAUCGGUUGGAUCGUUGUGAACGUAAUUUUCUUCCUCAUCGGCAUGCUAGUGUACGCCACCUACUAUCGAUGUGAUCCUCUGACGACCCAGUUGGCGCGGGCGAAGGAUCAACUCUUGCCCCUGUUUGUGAUGGAAACGUUCGCGGCGUAUCCGGGUAUGACUGGAGUGUUUGUGGCGGGCAUCUUCAGUGCAGCGCUCAGCUCACUGUCCUCAGCAUUGAAUGCUCUGUCUGCUAUUACACUGGAGGACUUUUUCAAGCCAUACUGCAAAAAGCCACUCACGGAGAAGCAGAUAAACUACAUAAUGCGCGGUUCGGUGCUGGUAUACGGGGCGUUGUCAGUGUUACUUUCCAUAUUGGUGGAACAUCUGGGAACCGUGAUGCAGCUGACUAUGACACUAAGCUCUGCCUCUGGGGCUCCUCUGUUUGGUCUCUUCGUAAUGGGAAUUCUAAUGCCGUGGGUGAAUGGAACGGGUGCUUUGUAUGGUGGCGUCACAGGUUUGCUCGUAAUGCUGUACAUGUGUUAUAAAGCACAAUACUCGAUAGCUUCGGGGAGCAGAUCGUUCGACACGAAACCAGUAUCGGUAGAAGACUGUCCGUACGAUUACGAGCGCAAUGCAACGAUGGGGCUGACCGAGGAUGACUCCGAACUUGGGCAACUGGAAAAAUCCAUCUACCACAUGUCGUACAUGUACUUUACGUUGUUUGGAACAAGCGUAACAUGUCUGACAGGGACUGUAGUAAGCUUGCUCACGAAACUUUGUGGUAGCGAUCGUGAUCAGCCGAUCGAUCCAAAGCUUUUAGCACCGUGUAUAAGAAGGAUACAGCCUCGUGAUAUUCCCCUUACGUUCCAAUCCGUACCUACGGAUAACAAACAGGCUGAAGCUAGUGAAGCUGCUUUGAAACGAACUGAGGACGGAUGAAUUUAGACCUCCGGGUGGCAUUACUUAGGGCUUACUAUUCGAGUAGUAAGAAGUAAAUGAAAUUUUGUUACUUUUCCUUUUAAUAAAGAUUAUCUUCCAACUUGUCAACAGA